AUGGCAAUCAUAGUUCCGCACUGGAGUUGCAAUAAGGCCAUAACCCUGUUGGUUUGGGCGUGCGCCUGGCUUGCAUGCCCGGCCGUCGCGAGUGACUGGUACGGCGGCGCGAUUCAUGUCAACGCCGGGGAAUCCAUCCAAGCCGCCAUCAACGCCGCUCAUCCUGGACAGUUGAUUCUCGUUGCUGCAGGAACGUACGCGGAACAGCUGACAGUCACCACCGACGGCCUCCAGCUGGUGGGCAAGGGAGCCAUCCUGGUACCUCCUGGCUCUUACGUGCACAAUACCUGUUCAGGUCUGGCCGGUCCCGACACAGAAGCUGGGAUCUGUGUGGCUGGGCAGGAUGUCCAGCUUGCUGAGUUUGUCGUGGAGCAUAGGAAGGUCAUCUCGGUCGGCCGUCCCGUUCAGGACGUGGUUGUGACGGGGUUCGAAGUCCGCGGGUUCUCUGGGCUGAACAUCGCCGUGGUGGGUGGCCAGGACGUCCAUGUGAAGGGGAAUACCCUCUACGACGGCGCGCAGUAUGGGUGCUUGACGGUGGGUUCCACGAGUAGCCAUAUUGAGAGCAACACCGUGGCGUCAUCCUCCGCUAUGGGUGAUGACCUGCUCUUCAUCGCCAUCUGCAUGGACGACACGUCCGACGUGCACGUCACCAAGAACCACGUCGCCGACUACUCCGUCGGACUGUGUGUACAGACAGACGGAGCCGACGUGUCGAGCAACGACGUCACGAACGCGUGCUACGGCGCUUUUGUGGACCCGGGCGUCACGGGCGCACGCGUUGUCGCCAACCACGUCAGCGAUGGCAACCCGCUCUGCGCGAGCGUGCCGGGUGGUGCGCUGAUCGGAAUCGCCCUGCUCGGCGCUUUUGAUACGCAGGUCCACGCGAACCUCGUCGAGGGCCUCACGACCGGCGGAACCAAUGGCAGCGCCGUGGGCAUCGCCAUCCUGAACGACCCCGUGACAGGGCUCGAGUCGGCAAAUAACGCCGUGACAGGCAACGUCCUUCGAGGGAAUGAUGUCGACAUCUUCGUCGAGACCCCAGGUCAAGGAAACGUCGUCGAGGGGAAUCAGUGCUCGACACCGGCCGAACUGUGUAGUUAG